GACCGCGGCGCUAGGGGCAGGCGGGCGCCGAUGGCGGCGGCGAGGGGCACCUGAGCGGGCCGGGGCCAUGAGCGCCACCCGGCCCCAGUUCAGCAUCGAUGACGCCUUCGAGCUGUCUCUGGAGGACGCGGGCCCGGGGCCCGAAUUCAGCGGGGUCGCCCGCUUCGGGCCGCUGCACUUCGAGCGCCGGGCCCGGUUCGAGGUGGCCGACGAGGACAAGCAGUCCCGGCUGCGCUACCAGAACCUGGAGAACGAUGAGGACGGAGCCCAGGCCUCUCCGGAGCCGGAUGGGGGAGUCAGCACCAGGGAUUCCGGCCGAACGUCCAUCCGCAGCUCCCAGUGGUCCUUCAGCACCAUCAGCAAUAGCACCCAGCGCUCCUACCAUGCCUGCUGCAGCUGGACUCAACACCCUUUGAUCCAGAAGAACCGCCGGGUAGUGCUGGCCUCCUUCCUGCUCCUGCUGCUGGGGCUGGGUGAAGAAACUGAGGCCUUGGGAGGAGCGGGCCCAGUCUCCUGGGCACACAGCCAGGAUAUUACACUGCUGAUCCUGAUCGCCGUGGGACUGGAGGUGGCCCCCUCGCCAGGUGUCUCCAGCGCCAUCUUCUUCGUGCCCGGCUUCCUGUUGUUGGUUCCCGGAGUCUACCACGUGAUCUUCAUCUACUGCGCGGUCAAGGGCCACCGGGGCUUCCAGUUCUUCUACCUGCCCUACUUCGAGAAGUGAGCCGUGGGCGGGCGGCCGGAAACCAGCCUCGUCUCCGAGCGGCCCCAGGGGGCGCUCCUCGGGUCCGCCCCGCUCUGGUUCCCUCAUCUCCAGGGAAGAACUCCGGGACCCGGGAGCCCCCAACCCCCUCGGAAGUUUGCUCAGGAAGUUUGCCCAAUACCCAGGCCUGGAAAAGUCGCCCCUGGCCUGUUCUGUGCCUUAACUUAUUCUCGGGCCCUGGGGCUGCUGGGUUGGUGGUGUUUUGUGCUAAUAAAAGAAUGUACUUCAUUCC